UGACGGCAACAUGUGACCAGUAGCACCAAUUUUCAACAGGGAAGAAAUGAAUACACAAGCUUAAUGCAUUCAUUGAUGCAAAAUUUGGAGCCAGUAAGGUAUUACCAUGAUCAGCAAUAGCAUUGAUAUGAAUGAAAACUACAUUUCCCCUCAUGACAUAUCACCAAACUCUUACCUCCAGGAUCCAUCGCUUCUUAGAUAUAUAAAUACAGGUGCAGGUUGUAAUCAACUCCAACCAUCUCCAAAAUGGCAGCACUCGUAUGGGUUUGUAUUUCUUGCUUCUGCAUUUUAUCGAUGACCAUCAAUGCCCAAGCACCAGCAGCUUCACCUUAUAAGACACCAUCCACAUUUCCUCCAACAACUACACCACCGCCAUCCACGGUUCCUCCACCAACUGUAACUGUAGCCGUGCCGGUAGCCACCCCAACAACUUCUCCAUCACCCAAAGGUCCACCAGCUUCAAGCCCAACCACCACACCACCACAACCUCCACCAAGUCAACCAGUGGCAAGUCCAGCUCAGCCACCAGCAUUGCCACUUCCACAGCCGCCUGUUUCAUCACCUGCCCUACCACCAGCUGUGCCCCCGCCACAAGCAUCCCCAACACCAACUCAGCAGCCACCACCAGCACCAGCGCCUUCAACAAAGGCACCUGCGCCGGCACCUGUGGUUCUGGCACCUGUACCACCACCUAAGGCAGCACCAGUGCCGGCUCCAACACCAUCAAUUGCGUCCCCUGUCCCAGCAGCAGAACAGGUUCCUACACCCGCACCAGCACCAGGCAAGCACAAGAAAAGGAAGCACAAGCACAAGCAUCAUCAUCAUGCACCAGCACCAGCACCCACUGUUCAAAGCCCUCCAGCACCUCCUAAAGUUCAAGAUACUGAAGGAACAACACCAGCACCGUCACCAACCCUAGAUUUGAAUGGAGGUGUAUCACUUGAUCAACAAGGGAGAAGAACUAGAAUGCAGGUGACCGCUGGAUUGGCAGUUGCUACCUUUUUGGCCAUCACUAGCUUCUGGUCCUAAACUUUUAGGGACGUGCAGUCUUCCAUAGAUACGCACAAGGGGAACAUUUUGUUAUGGGAAGAAGGUGUAUUGGCAUACAGAAGAGGAUCAGAGCAUCACUCCAUUUUAACCAUAUGAUAUUCAUUCUUUUUGCUGAAAUAUUGUAUUAUCACUACAUAAAUAUAUAAAAUUGUUUUAUUUGCCGUCGUCCUACAAAAA